AGAUUAUAAAAAUCCUAUUUUUCCCCUCAAUGUUCACCGACAGUUUUUAGAACUAAGGCCUUCUUAAAAGCUUGACAAUCACAGAAUGACAAACUUUUAUUUUGGUAGGAUUAGCUGGUCCCAGAAUGCUUUGCGCGUGCAUGCUAGCAAGAAUUUCUAGUGAGAUGAAUGAAAAGUAGUUGUUAUCGAUGAUUAUUAAUGUGGAUUUGUGCUAGUUUAUGUUAACAUAACAUGGACAAAAGUGAAAAACAUUCCGGCUAAAAGAAACAGAUCAAAAAGAGACUGGUCAUGGCGUUUCCUGAGCCCAAACCUCAGGUCCCCCAGCUUCCUCAGCACCUUCUGAGGACGAUCGACUGCCAGCAAGGAGCUGUCAGAGCUGUACGCUUCAAUGUCGAUGGAAACUACUUCCUGUCCUGCGGCAGCGACAAAUCCCUCAAGCUGUGGAGCGCGAGUCGAGGGACGUUGCUGAAGACGUACAGCGGCCACGGCUAUGAGGUUCUGGAUGCUGAUAGUUCCUUCGACAACAGCCAGAUCUGCUCCUGCAGCUCCGAUAAGACAGUGAUUUUAUGGGAUGUUGCUUCAGGCCAGGUCACACGGAAACUCCGAGGCCAUGCAGGGAAAGUGAACUGUGUCCAGUUUAAUGAGGAGGGAACCGUCACUUUGUCUGGAUCCAUAGACGGGACGGUGAGGUGCUGGGACAACAGGUCAAGAAAAUCAGAGCCCAUCCAGAUCUUAGAUGAGGCUCGCGACGGCGUCAGCAGCCUCAAAGUGGUUCAGCACGAGCUGCUCACUGGGUCUGUGGAUGGGAGGGUGAGACGCUACGACCUGAGAAUGGGACAGCUGCAUGUGGACUUUAUUGACAGUCCCAUCACCUGUGUGUGUUUCAGUCAGGAUGGUCAGUGCACUCUGAGCUCCAGCUUGGACUCUGCGGUUCGACUGCUGGACAAAAGCACAGGGGAAAUGCUGGGAGAAUACAAAGGCCACAAGAUGAAGGGCUACAAGCUGGACUGCUGUUUGUCCAGCAGAGACACUCAUGUCCUGAGCUGCUCUGAGGACGGCCACGUGUACUGCUGGGACCUGGUGGAGGGCUCUUUGUCUCUGAAGCUGCCGGUGGGGAAAGCAGUCGUUCAGUCUUUGUCCUUCCACCCAUCCCAGACCCGCCUGCUCACCGCCAUGGAGGGCCGUGUUCAGGUGUGGAGCGCAGAGCCAGAGGAGGCGGAGGAAGAGGCGCCGCUCUCAUGACAGAACGUCAUGAACGUCCCUCGGCUGCUGCGGAGGUUCAAGUAAUGUCGAUUCAACAGUCGGGUGGAUUGACAACAUUACUGGACUCAAACUUUUCUAACAACUUUGAAAAUGUUCCUUCUUGUUUGAGUAACUUUUGAGAUAUUUUGUACAUGAAACAGACACACAGAAACAGUAAAAAAAAAAACGUUUAUUUUCAUGGAUUCUGCACACAAUGACUGUAGAAAAUAAAUUAACAGCAAGUCCAAAAACAUUUAAAUAAAUAAAUAAAAAUAUUUUACAAAAA